CGCUGCCGCCGCCGCAGCAGCAGCAGCAGCAGCUGACGCUGUAUGUCAUGCAGCCGGUCGGCGAGGAGGAGGGAGCGGGGGGGGUGGUGCUGCAGCCGAGCGCCGACCCGCAGCUGCCGCCCUCCGCUAGCGGCGGCGUGAUGGUGUUCUACGAGCUGGGGACCACCGGCGAGAUCGAGGUGGUGGAGGAGGAGGCCGAGGCGGCGGGCGGCGAGAGCACGGCCAGCCCGGAGGAGCUGGAGGAGGAGGAGGCGGCGGCGCCGGGGGCCGCGGGCGGCGAGGCGGCGGCGGGCGGCGAGUGCAAGAGCUGCACGUACGAGGGCUGCAGCGAGACCACCACGCAGGUGGUGAAGCAGCGCAAGCCCUGGAUGUGCAAGCGGCACCGCAACAAGAUCUACAAGGACAAGUACAAGCGCAAGAAGAGCGACCAGGCCCUGGGGGGCGGCGGGGCGGGGGGGGGGGGGGAUAGUGUUGAAGGUUCAGCAUCCGUUUCAAAGCAGAGAACGGGAUCCAUUGGAGAUCGCCCAGCGAGACCUACUCUUUUAGAACAAGUAUUGAAUAAAAAGAGGCUGUUUCAAUACCUCUUUGGUUAUAUCACUGAAGUGACUGUGGAUAAUGAGUAA